AUGGAAUAUCUUCCCAGCAAGUAUGUUCCUAGCGGGGCGACUUACAGGGCACGGGCAACGAUCGAACUGCCCAUGACUGUUGAAGACGCACUCCUGUGUUUCAUGGACUUCUCUUCCAACAAGCUAAAGUAUGCCCGUGACUACAAGGACCUUAAGACCGUCAAGGUGGUCCGUUGUACUGGCACGCUUCCGGGGCAGCUGCCCGAGGAAAGCAUCGUUGUUGCGACUUUGAACUUCGAAGGCUUCUUGUGGUUCCUGAAGCCGUUCCUACCUUCGAAGGUUACCCUGCAAUGUACCAUUGAAGAGGAUCCAUCCUGUCCCGGGCGCUAUGAUUGGUCACAGCAGACCCUGGGAGCAGACGGAAAGCCCGAUGGCCGCAACAAAAAAGCUGGCAGCAUUCAGUUGCACCCGUCUGGGGACGCUGGAAGGUGUAUGAUCUCUUCCCUCAGUGAGGUUCCAUCGUGGCUUCCAGUGUGGGUGUUGAAGUACGCGGCACCCAAGACCAAGACCUACUUGGGUGAGUACACAGACAGAUACCUUGCUUACAAGAAGCAGAGUGCUUCCGCUUAA